GGGCUGAAGCAGGGGGAGGGGGGAGAGGGCUGAAGCAGAAACUACCGUUGUUAAAAGAAAUGUGUUUAACUUUGAAAAUGUGGGCACAAUUUUAAUUGUCAAAAACUCCAGCGAACCAUUAGUUCAUUUUGCUCAAAUAGAAAUAGAGGCCUGCCUCUAAUACUGGCCCUCCUUCCAAUAAAGGCCUGGAGCUUGAUGAGCUUGAGUCAAAUACAGGCCCGGGCCUGUAUUAGAGGAUUUACUGUAAUUAAUUGCACAGCCACAAUGUAGAAAACUCUGUGUUCACCCUAGACACUGCCCCCUACCGGUCAUAGGGGAUAUGACGACACAUGCUCUCUACUUGAGUCAACAUGUAACAAAAAAAUGAAACUGUGUUUAAAAUAUAGUUCAUAAUGUAUUUCAUGCCUAAAGAUGAACAAACAUCUUAGAGAACAACAAACUAACAAUGAAAUCCAGUGAAUUUGUUUAUUCUACAUUUAAAGUUCUUGAAAAGAUGAAUCUUUUAGAGUUAUCCAUCAGGCUUGAGGAAGUCUGUUUUUAGAUGGCAUGAAGAAGUGGCAGACUUUAAUAGCUUGAUGAGAAAAAUGAGCAACAAACAAACAUGUAUCAGAACAAGAGUUAAGUGUGUCCUGUAGGGCUCUCCCUGCAGUGUUGUAGCCACUGAGGACAGAUAAAGGAAAUGAAAGCACAUGACAGUCCAGCCCAGCUGUUUGAAAUGAAAGUUGAUUGUUCCUAUUGAACCAAACAGCUGAGCUUGAGAAGAAAAAUCAAGCUGUCAGAUGGUCAGACAUCCUUUCAUACCAGAACACAGCAACAGGAAGUAUUUUUUAACCUUUUUUAAAUUUAGAAUUCAAUUGAGCAAAUUUGACAGUUUGUGUAAAGUACAACACAGCAGGCUCGAAAGAGAUUCCUUCAUCUGAUUGUAAAAGUUAAAAGUCUACAACCAAGGUUCCAUUCAAUAUCAUCUUUACUUAUACCCAUUAGUUGUGUUGAAACACCUCUUCAGAGUUUCCUUAGGGCUGAGUCUGGACGCAGUCCAGGGAGGAGCCACAGCAGCCAAUUAGAUUUGAGACUCUGUGAGAGAAGAAGUAAAGCAGUCUAAGGUCGUUACGCGGCAGCAGACCUCACGGAAGCCCUGAGAGACUCCAGCAUCAUGAGCUCUGGCACCCCAGUGAAGACAGAAGAAGCUGCUCCUAAUUCAGCAGCUGCAAAAGGAGGGUGGAAGUGUCCUCUGAGUGAUGCUCAUAUUGACAGAGAGGAUGUGAGGAAGGUUUGGAAAGAGUGCCAAGAGGAAAGCUUCUGGUACAGGGCUCUUCCACUCUCCAUCGGCAGCAUGGCUGUUACUGGUGGUCUCAUCUUCAAUGGAGUGUGGAAGAAAUCAAUAAGAUUUGGCUACUUUCCUAAACUAGCAGUUGCGGGACUCCUUGGGUUCGCAGUGGGAAAAGCUUCUUAUUUUGGGACUUGCCGGAGCAAAUUCCAGGAGCUUGGUAUUAAAGACGGACCAGGAUAUGGACCCUGGUCAAGGACAGGCCACCAUGGUCCAGGAUGCAGAUCCUGCGGUCAUGUGUGUGAAGAAUGUAAAAAGAAAGCUCCAGCUGCACCGGCAGAACAAACACAAAGCUAAAGCCUCAUCUUAAACAAAGAAGGAACAUCUAUUGGUGUGGAAUUUUCAGGUUUAUAUCCUCAUAAUAAAUGCUAUAAAAACAUCAAAGUUGUUUUUGUUUUUCUUACACUUCCUCUACUGUCCACAAGAGGGAGCAGCUAUCCCAUUCUUAAUGAAUUUUGCUAAGUUUCUCAUAAAGGGAGCUUUUAUGUGAGACUUACAGACCCUAGCUCCUGACAGU